CCCGCUAGAAGGCGUAGCGCCUCUCCUAGCCUCCUGUAUCCCGACUUGCCUUGCUUUCUGGGACACGUCCCUGGGCGUCCAGAGGGGCACGCUAGCCGCUCGCACUCUAUGGCGACUGGAAGGUGUCAUGGUGGCCGUUGAGGUGGCAUCCCCACCUGGAGGCCCUACAGCUGACUGAAGAGACCGAACGGGAGGGUGUAGGGCGCUAUGGCGGGCCUCUUACUUUAAGAACUGGCUUCCCUUCUCUGGGUUACUCACCUGAAGGGCGAACCCGGGUUGGGAAGUGGUGGGGAGGAGAGCCGGUGACUGCUGCUGCUGUUGCUGCUGCUCCCUUGUUUAUCCUCCCUGAGGGUUGGUGGGCCCUGCUCAGCGACAGCUGGGAUGGCGUCGUGGUUGGGGGGCCUGGGGGCGGGGCUUGGCCAGUCCCUGGUGGGCCAGGUGGGAGGCAGCCUGUCGACCCUGACCGGGCAGAUCUCCAGCUUCACCAAGGAUAUGCUGUUAGAAGGCACGGAGGAGGUGGGAGGUUCUGCAACAGACUUUCCUGUAUCCAGCUCUAGUCUGCGAGACGUAGAAAAUAUUCAUGCAACACUGAGAUCAGAGAAUGAGAGAUUGAAGAAGGCUUAUAAUGAUCUGGAAGAAAAAAACGAAGCAGCGGAACUUCAAAUAAAGCAGCAAUCGAUAGAAUACAGGAAACAGCUACAGCAGAAAGAGGUGGAGAUCAGUCAUCUUAAAGCUAGGCAGAAUGCACUACAGGAACAGCUGCAGAAGGUGCAGUCAGCUGCUCAGUCAGCCCAGUUAGGAGCUGCUGUGUCUCCAUCAACAACUACAUCAACUUCCUUUGUCCCUAUGGUUAGACAUAGUUCUUCUGGUUUUCAUGGAGAUGACAUGGACUUUGGAGAUGUAAUCUGGUCCCAGCAAGAAAUAAACAGACUGUCCAAUGAAGUUUCUAAGCUUGAAUCUGAAGUUGACCAUUGGAAGCAGAUUGCACAGUUUUCCAAACUGGAAGGAGCAAAUAAUACAGAUCAGAAUGAAAUCUGCAAGCUGCAAAACAUUAUCAAGGAGUUAAAACAGAAGUUGAGUCAAGAAAUAGAUGAGCAUCAGCAUGAACUUUCAGUAUUACAGGACACACAUCGCCAGAAAUUAGCAGAAAUAAGCCGACGUCAUAGAGAAGAACUGGGUGAAUAUGAGGAACGAAUAGAAGAACUUGAGGAUCAGUUACAGAAAGCUGUGUCAAAAAAAGAACCACUUAAUAGCUCCUCAGUUGGUGCAGCUGUUGAACUUUCUUCUGAAUGUGACCUACAGAACAUUGUGUCUGAAUCUACUGAAUCACAGUUGAAGGAGUUGCAGGAUAAAGUAAAAAGUUUAAGUCAACAAUUGUCAUCAGCAGAAGAGAAAAAUCUCUUGAAAGAACUUGAAUUGGUAAAAACGGAGAAAAGCCAACUAGCACAGGAAUAUGAAAGGCUAAUAUCUGAUUACAAUAAACUCCAAGCACAUAUUAUUGAAGAACAGACUGAUUUGAAAAUACAGAUGGAAGACCCUAAGUAUGCAGCAGAAUCACUGCAAGCAGAAGUGCUCCGACUACAGCAAGCACUGCUUGAUGCAGAAAAUGAAAUAACAAGACUUAGAAAAUCAGCUCAGGAAGAACUUCAGACAGAAGUGGCAGGUUCACAAACACAGUGUGAAAGUGCUAUGUAUGUAUCCACUGAAGGACAAAACAUAGAGUUAAAACAGUUAAGACAAGACUUGGAAAGGAAACAACGUGAAUUUAAUGAAAGCAAUGCUGAGAAAGAAAUUCUAAUAGCAGAACUAGAAGAACUGGACAAGCAGAACCAAGAAGCUACACAGCAUAUGAUUAUAUUAAAAGAGCAGCUAGCCAAACAGAAUGCAGAAACUGCCAAUGUUAUCAACCAGCUAAAAGUGGACAUAGAGUCUGAAAAAAGAAAAACAACUAAGCUAGAAGCAGAGAAGCUUGAAAUGAGCAAGGAGCUGGAAGGCCGGAGAGAAAAAAUGGAUCAGUGUACAUUUGCGAUGAAUGAUUUGCAUAUGACUAAGCAGCACCUAGAAAACAAAAUAAAAGAACUAAAAGAACAGCUAAAAACAUCCCAGCACUGUAUUUCCAAAAAUAACCAGGAAACAGUAGAAUUAAAGAAAAAUCUAACACAAAAAGAAGAAGUCGUUUCUAUACUCCAGAAUGAGUUAACUAAGAUGAAGCAAGAAUCUAACGGUAGUUAUCAAGAUCAAUCAACUAAGGAAAGGGAAGCAGAAAUUUCAAAGCUGAAUGAGCAAAUUUUAGAAAAUAAACUAAUAAAUACAGACUUGGAGAAAUCUCUUCUGAAUUUUCAGAUAGAAAAGGAAAAGCUUCAUACUGCAUGUGAAGAACUGAAAUGGCAGUUGCAAGAAGCUAGUAGUGAGAAGAGUAAGAUUGCUUUUGAAAAAGAUACCAUGCUGGAAGCUUUGAAACUAGAAAAGGGGCGACUAGAAAAUGAGCUAAGCCAGACUGAAAGCCGAAUGUUGGAACAGACUCAUAAAUAUGAACAAACCAUUGAGGAGCUAUCUAAUGCACGUAACAUGAAUACCACCAUGUUACAGUUUGAACACGAACGCUUAGUUAAACUCAACCAAGAGGGAGACUUUGAGAUAGCAGAACUAAAGAGGAGUGUUGAACAGAUGGAAGCUGACCAUGAAGAAACUAAAGAGAUGUUAACAACUAGCUUAGCAGGGCAAAGACAACUCACAGAGCUCAUAAAAGAAAAAGAGGUGUUUGUUGAAAAAUUUAAGGCCAGGGCUUCUGAACUGGAGCAGCAGUAUGAAGAUUAUAUUAAGGACUCCAAAAGAUUUGAAAAUUUAAAACAAAGUUUAGAAGAGAAAGAGAAAAGCCUUUCAGCCAUGAAAGAAGAGAACAAUCAUUUGAAAGAAGAAAUUGAACGACUGAAAGACCAACAGAGUAGAUCGCCCCCUUUAGCUGAACCCAAAACCCUAGAUAUUAUCACUGAACUUGAAGCAGAAGUAACACAAUUAACUGUACUUAAAAAUAAUCUUGAAGAAGAGGUGACACGGAUGCUUGAGGAUCAGAACCAGAAAAUGGCCCAACUUCAGCAAUCCCUGCAGAAAUAUAAAAAGGAGAAUGAGCAAAUAACCAUCACACACAAACAGGUGUGCUUGGAAAAGGAUGAGGAAAUCAAAAGCUUACAGAGAACGAUAGAACAAAUUAAAAACCAGUUGCACAAUCAGAGAACAGUCAUUCAGCCAGACCCUUCCAAUCUCUUUCAAGAAACCAAAGUCCAGACACUUAAUGGUGAAAAUGGAAAUGAGAAGCAUGACUUAUCUAAAGCUGAAAUCGAAAGGCUGGUAAAAGGCAUAAAGGAGAGAGAAAUGGAGAUCAAGCUUCUAAAUGAAAAGAAUGUCUUGCUGAGUAGGCAAAUUGAUCAGUUAUCCAAAGAUGAAGUUGGCAAACUCACACAAAUUAUCCAAGAGAAAAACUUAGAGAUACAAGCUCUUAAUGCAAGGGUUACACCUCCAUCUUAUGGGCAGGAUGUUCUUUACCUUCAGCAGCAAUUACAAACCUAUGCCAUGGAAAGGGAGCAAGUGCUGGCAGUUCUUAGUGAAAAGACUAGGGAGAAUAGUCAGUUAAGAACAGACUGUCACAAGAUGAUGGAUGUCGUAGCAGCUAAGGAAGCAGCUCUGAAGAAGCUGCAGGAAGAAAACCAAAAACUAGCCAAUGAAUUUGAAAACAGCAGCCAAGAUAUGUCACGAGAAACUAUUAAGAACUUGUCCCGGAUCAUUCGAGAGAAAGAUAUUGAGAUUGAUGCUUUAAGUCAAAAAUGCCAAACUUUAUUAACUGUCCUCCAAACAUCCAACGUGGGUGCAGGUAGUGAGUUAGGAGGGAUUAAUAGCAAUCAGUUUGAGGAGCUUUUACAGGAACGUGAUAAACUGAAACAGCAAGUAAAAAAAAUGGAAGAGUGGAAGAAACAGGUAAUGACAACUGUCCAGAAUAUGCAACACGAGUCUGCUCAUCUCCAAGAGGAACUACAAAGGCUUCAGGCACAGAUUUCAGCUGAUAGUGAGAACAAUUGUCAGUUACAGAUAGAGUAUAAUGGCUUGAUUCAAGGCUAUGAACAGAAUGAGAGAAAGUUGAAAACAUUUAGCCAGGAAUUAGCACAAGUUCAGCACAGCAUAGGAGAGCUUAAUAAUACUAGGGAUCUUAUUCUGGGCAAGCUUGAUACGGUAACACCCCCUCUACCAGUCAUCUCUACCACAGGUGGACAACCAUUAGAGAUUCCCUGCAGUGCUGCUUCUCCAGUGUUUACUAGUGAGUCCAAACCACUGAAUGAGGAACUGGAGCACAUGAAGAAAACAUUGGAGGAAAAAGAAUCAGUGAUCCGAAUUCUGCAGGAAAACAAUCAGAGGCUGUCUGAUUCUAUGGCUGCAUCGUCAGAGAUGGAAAGAAAGGGUCAAGAGGAGUCUGACUUGGAGAUAAAGCACUUGAAGGAGAAGUGUGGUAUCUUGCAGAAGUCACUCAGGGAAAAAGACCUGCUAAUAAAAUCAAAAAGUGAUCAGUUAUUUUCUCUAAAUGAAAAUCUUAGUAAUAAAGAGAAUGCAAAUGAGCUACUGAAGCAAGGUGUAACUAACCUCAAGGAGAGAAAUCUGAUUUUAGAAAUGGAUAUCCAUAAGUUGAAACAAGAGAAUGACAGGAUAGUAGUAAAAUGCCAGGAAAAAGAAACGGAGUUCAGAGCGCUACAAGAGACUAACCUGCAGUUUUCAAUGAUGUUGAAGGAGAAGGAAUUUGAGUCUCAUUCCAUGAAGGAGAAGGCUCUUACGUUUGAAAAACUGUUGAAAGAGAGAGAACAGGGAAAGGCAGGGGAGCUGAACCAGCUGUUAAAUGAAGCCAAGUCAAUGCAGGAGAAGGCUGUUGCUUUUCAGCAAGAGAGAGAUCAAGUCAUGUUAGCACUCAAGCAGAAACAAAUGGAGAGCAGUGGCCUACAAAAUGAGGUGCAGCAUUUACGUGAUAAGGAGCAGCGUCUAAAUCAAGAACUAGAGAGAUUACGCAAUCACCUUUUAGAGAGGGAAGAUACUUCCACACGUGAAGCUAUAGCUGCUGAGGAUCGGGAAUCUAAGCUUAAAAAGAAAGUCCAGGUUUUGGAGGAAAAGCUGUUGUCUUCAUCAACUGCAGUAGAAAAUGCCAGCCACCAGGCUAGUAUGCAGGUGGAAUCCUUGCAAGAACAAUUGAACCUUGUUACCAGGCAGAGAGAUGAAACUGUCCUUCAGCUAACAAUUUCGCAAGACCAAGUGAAACAAUAUGCUGUGUCCCUGGCCAAUCUGCAGAUGGUGCUAGAGCAGUUCCAACAAGAAGAGAAAGCUAUGUAUUCAGCCGAGCUACAAAAGCACCAAAGGCAGACUGCAGAAUGGAGAAAAAAUGCAGAGCAACUAGAAGAUAAAGUGGUUUCGUUGCAGGAAAACUUAGAGGAAGCAAAUGCAGCAUUAGAUUCUGCAUCAAGGCUAGCAGAACAGCUGGAUCUCAAAGAGGAGCAAAUUGAAGAGCUUAAAAAGCAAGGUGAAAUCAAACAAGAAAUGUUAGAGGAUGCACAGAAUAAGCUAAUGAAUCUCAUAAACAGCACAGAAGGAAAAGUGGACAAAGUCUUGAUGAGAAAUCUCUUCAUUGGACAUUUCCAUACUCCAAAGAAUAAGCGUCACGAAGUACUAAGGCUGAUGGGAAGUAUCCUGGGAAUAAAAAAGGAUGAACUAGAACAGUUACUGUCAGAAGAUCAAAAAGGUGUUACCCGAUGGGUGACUGGAUGGUUUGGUGGAGGAGGUGCUGGAUCGAAGAGUGUCCCCAAUACACCUCUGAGACCAACCCAUCAAUCAAUUUUCAACAGUUCUUUCUCAGAGCUCUUUGUGAAGUUCCUUGAAACUGAAUCACGUCCAGUUCUUCCCCCACCAAAACUCUUUGUUCAUGACAUGAGACCUUUAGAAGCAACAGGAAUUGGCAAAGCAGAUGCUAGUCCCUCCAGCAACGUGGCAGGCUCAGGAACCAGUAGAAGACCAGAUGCAAAUCCAUUCCUUGCACCCCGAUCAGCAGCAGUCCCUCUCAUCACCCCAGCUAAUCUUGGAACUGGUGGAUCCGGGCAUCUGCUUAUGAAACCCAUUUCUGACGCUUUGCCCACUUUCACACCAUUGCCAGUAGCUUCUGAUGCUAGUGCUGGUGCAGUACUAAAAGACCUGUUAAAGCAAUAGAGAAUUCAGAGUCUGAUGAUGACAGUGAUAGAAGCACUUUAAGGAAAAAGAAAAAAACUGCAUUUAUAUAAUAUACCAUGAAGAGGCCUUUUGUAAAAUGUUAUAUGUUCAUUUUCAAUUGUUCUUAAGUUGUGGAGUGUGUGUGUGUGUGUGUCUCCUCCCCACCUUAAAAAGUCAAUUUUGUAACUAAUUCAGUGCUUUUUUGGAUAUUGUAACCAUUGCAAGAAAAAUAGCCCUUGCUAUAUUACUUUGCAGAGUUAACUUUCAAAUGAAAAGUUGAUCUACAAGCAAACCAACAGAUUAACAUGGGUGAUUUAACAGAUCCGUUCAAGGCCUUCAAGCCAUGUACCAUCCCUUUUAACCUACCUGUGUCAGUUUGACUGACCAUGUGCGCAGUUUCUGACUUUGACAAAUGAGUACAGGUAGGGUGUUAUUUUCAGUGUCUAUAUAAAAGGGGCAUAACUUCUCCAAAAAGGGCUGUAUGUACACAUUAGGAAUCCAGUGCAAUGUCAGGGAACAACAGCAAUCUCUUUAGGAAUUCUAGCCCAUGCUUUAUGGAGCCUGGAAUGAUGGGGAAACAAAUACAAGCUGCCAUUUGCUUAAGGGGAGCCUGGGGACUAUAUGUUCCCAGUCCUUGCAGUAGAUGUUCAGAUUCUGAUUCAUUCCUGGCACUUCAAUCUGCAAACGUCUUCCUUCAUUUAGUGGGACAAACAAUUUUGAAUUAUCCAAUGUUGUAUUGAUCUCCUAUGCUUUUAUGUGGUCAGGUAUCCUCUCUGAUUUGAAGUGAGCCAGAAUGGUUUAUACUACAACAUGAUGUUCUGACAGGAUAAAAUACAAGUAGGAGGCUCCAAAGGGAAUGGCAUCAGCUGACCAAGUCUAUUUUCUGGGUAUGCUGGAGGCAACAGAAUCACAGCAAGGUUGUCUCUGGGUGACCAAGAAAUCAUCUGCAUAGUCUAAAACCAAUUUAUUUUAAUAGGGAGGACAAGCUGGGAAGUGCUGUUUGUGCUCAUGCACACACACCACUCCAGUAUUUUGUAAUACCUGGUGUCUGUGAAAGAAUAUGCUUUUGUUAUAAUUCUGUUAGAACUCUUUCAUUGAAGAUUUUUAUUUUGUGUGCAAUAAUAUCUAUACCCUAUACAUUUUAUUAAUGAGUGACAGCGCAGUAGGAGUUUCCUAACUCCAAUAGCUCCUUGGAACAAUGAACAUUAAAACCUACCAGCACUAAGGAGCUCAUAGACCUCCUUUGUUUGGCAUAACCACAUUUAGUGACUGGCCAAUAGUAAGCAACCUGAUAUCCCAUGUGUAUAUUUAUAGUGUAAAGUAUGGUUGAAGUAUACAGUACUUUAAUGGUUCAAGAUGUAUAUGUAAGAAAUACUUGCUUUAUGCAUAUAGAUUUGAUUGAAGAUUUCAAGUAUGAACAUAUAUAUAAAGCCUAAAAUGAAGAAAGAUGCUUAUUCCAAAUACUGUAUGUGUAAAUAGGCCUACAUAAGAACAAGUAGAAUUCUGUAAAUUUUACUACAUAGACUUGUACAAUUUGUUUUAAGUGUCAAAGUAAUGACACAAGUACUGAAAGGAGUUCUUGCCGCCUUCAAAAAAUAGUUUGAGACACAGCAUCUCUUUAAAGUGUCCUUUUUUCUAUAAAACUGGAGUUUUCUGCCAUUGUUAAUGUACUUAGUAUUGAAAGGUAUUUUGUGUAAGUUCUAUAUUAGAACUUGCAGCCUUUUCUCCUGUGUUCCUUGGUUACUGCCCUGCAGUUUGAACUGAAAUAUAUUUAAGUAUAAAGUGAAUCAUGGAAAUAUAGUUGCCAAGAAGCUGCCAAAUCAAUGAAUUCAAAAAGCCUUUUGUUUCUAUUUAUUGAUAAAAUUCUAAAUCCAUAUAAAUUGAUAUCUGGCAAGAGUUUAUAUUCAUAAUGGUUACAUUUUGAUUUUUCAUACUCCCAACAACAUUCUUCAUUGACUCUUACUCUAAAUAAGUAGAUAAACCUAGGUUAUGGUCUGUUUCUAAAGCAUUAAUUCCCAGUAUGAAUUGUUAAACAAAUUCUUUAAAAACAAUCCUGAUUUCUGAAAGUUCAGUGGGCAUUUUUUGCACCAUAAUAUGCAUGGUAUACAAUAGCUUUUAAUCUAAAAACUUCCAAAUGGUUUCUUCACACAUUUAAAUGCUGGGUUUAUAGACCACUUAAAACAAUUGUGUUCCUUGAAAAAUCAUCUUUAUAGAAUGGCUAUAAUUUUUCCAAUGGACUAUAAAGAAAACUUGAAA